AUGGGAUCUGGGAAUACUGCAUGUCAAAGGAAUGAAAUGGAAGCAGAAAAAAGGAUAAAACAUUAUAGCAGCAGUCAUAAAAUACUGCUGGUUGGUGAGGGUGAUUUCUCUUUUGCUGCCUCUUUGGCCACGUCUCUAGGCUCUGGUGUUAACAUGGUCACCACUUCACUUGACUCUAAAGUGAUGUUAAACAGGAAGUACAAUGAAGCAAUGGCAAACGUGUCUCGACUUGAAGAUAUUGGAUGUACAGUUAUCCAUGAAGUAGAUUGCUGCACUAUGAGCCAACAUCCCAAGCUCAUGUCGAACUUGUUCGACCGUAUUGUCUUCAACUUUCCUCAUGCUGGAUUCUUCUUCACGAGUGAAAGCACACCUUACGUUAUUAAUCUCCAUAAGAAUGUGGUGGAAGGAUUUCUGAGGAACGCAGUUGAGAUGCUGACAGAGAAUGGAGAAGUUCAUAUAACACAUAAAACAACACAUCCGUUCAAUAUGUGGGAAAUUGAGAAGCUCGCUAAUGAAGUUGGAUUAGGGAUGCUUGAUGAAGUUCCAUUUUUUUACAGGGAUUAUCCAGGAUAUAAAAACAAAAGAGGAGAAGGUCAACGGUGCGAUCAAAGCUUUCCUAUUGGAAAAUCCAGUACAUACAAGUUCAAGAUAAUGAAUUAGUUCAUAUUUGCUAGUUCCUGUAAUAGAAUUGACUGCUUACUUUCUCAAAUCUUAAA